CUUUUCAGAAACUUCCGCCAUUUAAAUAGGAAGAAGAAAUUAAGAGAGAGAGUGCGUGCAAACUCUUUCGACCUAAAAACGAAAAAUAAAAACAGAGCGAAAGAGAAAGUAAAAAAAUCCUUUCAGUAAUGGCGUCUAUGAGUUUCGUUAAGUUAAACGCGUCAUCAUCACAAUGGAUCGGACAACAAUCUUUCAAUCAAAAAAAUAAUGGAUCAUUAUUUUCUCGGUCUGCACGCCGAGUUUCCAUGCCGAUCCGAGCUGGUUCUUACACUGAUGAACUCGUUCAAACAGCUAAAACCAUUGCUUCUCCUGGACGUGGUAUUCUUGCCAUUGAUGAAUCUAGUGCAACAGUUGGGAAGAGACUUGCAUCAAUUGGGUUGGACAAUACAGAACCCAACAGACAGGCGUAUAGACAACUUUUACUGACAACUCCUGGUCUAGGCGAGUACAUCUCUGGUUCCAUUCUCUUCGAGGAAACUCUAUACCAGUCAACAACCGAUGGGAAGUCAUUUGUAGACGUCAUGCGUGAAGCCAAAAUUAUGCCUGGAAUCAAAGUGGAUAAGGGUUUGGUUCCUCUACCUGGAUCCAACAAUGAGUCCUGGUGCCAGGGUUUGGAUGGACUGGCUUCACGAUGUGCUGAGUACUACAAGCAAGGAGCUCGUUUUGCAAAAUGGAGGACAGUGGUUAGUAUUCCUUGUGGCCCUUCUGCACUAGCUGUUAAAGAAGCCGCAUGGGGACUUGCUCGUUAUGCUGCGAUUGCUCAGGAUAAUGGUUUGGUGCCAAUAGUAGAACCUGAAAUUCUACUCGACGGAGACCACCCUAUUGAAAGGUCAUUGGAGGUAGCUGAGCAGGUGUGGGCAGAAGUGUUCUAUUACUUGGCACAGAACAAUGUUGUGUUUGAAGGCAUUUUGCUAAAACCCAGCAUGGUAACCCCAGGUGCCGAACACAAAAACAAGGCUUCCCCAGUCACCGUUGCCAAAAACACCCUCACAAUGCUUCGGAGGAGAGUGCCUCCUUCUGUUCCUGGAAUUAUGUUCUUAUCCGGUGGACAAUCUGAAGUCGAAGCAACUCUAAACUUGAAUGCAAUGAACCAGAGCCCUAACCCAUGGCACGUGUCCUUCUCAUAUGCACGUGCACUUCAGAACUCUGUGCUGAAGGCAUGGCAAGGACGCCCUGAGAAUAUCGAAGCUGCACAGAAAGCACUACUCAUCCGAGCUAAAGCCAAUUCCCUUGCUCAGCUCGGCAGGUACUCUGCUGCAGGAGAAAAUGAGGAAGCUAAGAAAGGAAUGUUUGUUAAAGGUUACACCUACUAAGGCAAGAGAAUAUAUCCGUCUCUCUUUUCCGCUUCGAAUCUGCUGAUUCCACCUCCUCGCACCAAACACUAUCUAUCGGUAUUUGCCUGUUCUAUUGGCUUAUGUGUAGUAGUUUUUCUUCAGAUUGUUUUUUUCCCCAUUGUUCCUGGGUGCUAUGCUGCUAGUUGGAUUCCUAGGGAUGCUUGCUGAAUCCAUUACUUUUCGUAGAAAAGGUUCCCGUCUUUUUGUAUGUUCCCCCCUUAUGUUAGUGUUUUGGAUGAUAAUAAUUAUAGCAAUGGCCAACCGGUGAACAAUAACUGCCGAAAGUUCAGUUGUAGUACUACAUGAAAGAAUUCUCAUAUGAAGGUAAAAGUACUGGGAGGAAAAUUCCUCUCAGUUAUUAUGUUGUAUUCUAA